GUGUGCAAACACGAGGCCGCACGCAUUGCGACGAACGUGCCUUGCAUGUAGUUCGAAACCUAUUAAGUUGUACUGCAGCGUAGAGGCGUCAUCUAUACUGCUUUCCCACGUCACAUCCGUCCUCGUCGGCUGCGGCGUCACUUUCUUGUCAGCUGCUCGCGCAGGGAGAGCUCGCACCGAGAGAGUGGCGCGGAAAGAGUCGUGGGGAGUGGCUAUCUGCUUUCCACGGCGCCAGACAAACUACGCUCUGCACCCCGACUCAGUGCAACAACAAUGUGGGUUGGCUUAGCGCUACCUUUCGCCGCAUGCUGUGUGGUGUUUGGCAGCGCUGAAGACGUGCAAGAUGUCAUCCACACAACUUCCGGAGAUGCCAGAGGAAUCAUUCGCACGACGACGACUGGUCGAGCACUAGCCUUCCUGGGAAUACCUUUCGCCGAACCACCACUCGGAGCACAUCGCUUCAAGAAACCGACGCCUAAGAAAGCCUGGCAAGGUGUGCUGAACGCUACCUCGCUGCCGCCGCUGUGUCCCCAGAUUCCUGCUCGCAUCAACAGCUACUUCGCAAUAACAGCAGCGGAUCCUGUUUCUGAGGACUGCCUCUUUCUCAAUAUCUUCACACCGGUUAGAAAUGGGUCCCCGCUUAGGCCCGUCGUCGUGUACAUUCACGGAGGAGCAUUUACAGUGGGAGGAAUCGCCAUGAAGAUAUUCGACGCGUCCGAACUCGCUGUGCGAGGAGACAUCGUCGUUGUCACCAUCGCCUACCGACUGGGACCACUAGGGUUUCUGAACUUGGGCACCGAAGACGCACCGGGCAACAUGGGCCUCUACGACCAGCAACUUGCGCUGCGAUGGGUCAAGGACAACGCCCGUUCUUUCGGCGGUGAUCAGGACGUGAUAACCGCAAUGGGUCAGAGUGCCGGAGCCAUCUCGGUCGGCAUCCAUCUCUUGUCACCAAGUAGCGCGGGUCUCUUCCAGCGCGCCUUCAUGCAAAGUGGCAGCCCGUUCAUCAGGGCCUUCGUGAGCAGCCCAGCCCAGGCGAGAACCAGAGCGGGCUUGCUCGCAGACUACCUCGAGUGCAAGGAAAGGGACUCGCGUGAGCUCUCCGUAACGAAGGUCGUCUCCUGCUUACGAUCUAAAGACGUGGGUGAUAUACUGAGAGCCGCGGAAAGUUUCAAUACAGUCGGAUUGGACGGAUUCUUUCCUAUAUUGGGCGAUGAAUUCGUGCCGAAAACUCCAGACAAAGCGCUCAAACUGGCCCCGCCGAACGCGCACGAUGUCCUGGUGAGCGUUUGCGCUGCCGAGGGAGACUUUUUUAUCGAGCAUCUGCUUACGAACAUCAAUGAUAUCGACAACAUUAACAUCGUUUCGAAACGCAACAUGGAAGUUUUAAUGAAGUUAGUGCUAGGUGCAAUCGGCAUCUUCGACGCCGAACCUAUCUUCGAGCGCUACUUCAGCCCAGUGACUGAAAAGAAAGGAGCCCAAGUGGUUCGCGCUGCUUCCGAUCUCUUCGGGGACUUCCUGUUUGGUUGCCCCGCGCUUAGCAUUGCCCGCGCACUAUCAGCUGCCAAUGCCUCGGUGCACGUUCUCCGCUACUCUGAGCAGCUGUCCUUCGUCGACUGGCCCGAGUGGGUUCGCCCGACGCACAGUGACGACAUUGUGUUCAGCCUGGGCUCGGCUCUCAGCCUAGGCGGUCGUCCUUCGGAGGCAGACGUCAAGGCAACCGAGAACAUGAUAAACGUCGUCUCGACGUUCAGUCGCACGGGGGUCCCAAAGACAACAGAUGACACUAAAUGGCCAAGAUUUGAUGAAAAUGGCCAGUACCUGCACAUGCGGAAUGGAAGCAGUGUCCUGGAAAAUCACUUCCUCGAAUCCACGUGUGACUUGUGGCACAACCUACUACCUGAUCCAUAAAAGAAAGCCUGUGUGGGCAUUUGAUUUCAUUAAACAA